CUUCAAUUCCGCUCCGGCCUCCCUAUUGACACCCCCUUCCUCUCGCUUUCCCCCUCCAGGUUCUGCUCUCGUCUGGCCUGUGAGGCUAGAGAGCUUAAAUUCCGCCCAUCAUGAGUUUCGCCCGGCCUGUCAGGUGUCUGUUCUGCAGCUUUUCCCGAACGACCUCUGCAGCAGCUCCUCGCGUGGCUCGCCGUCAGUUCCAUCUAUCGGCCACACGAUUCUCGGAUCAGGACUCGAAAUUUCCCAACGGCAAUGGUUCCCCAAGCAAGACGCUCGAGCAAAUCUCACGCGACAUGAGGGCCGAGGAUAUCAAGCCGUACACAGAGGAAGAGAAAGCCCGGCUAAAGGAGCAGUAUACCCCGGAGCAGAUUGCCGCAAUCGAAGCCGGAGAGGCCGCAAUUGACGCCAAGGAUAUGGCAGAGCAGUUUGCUAUCCGCCGGGACCCGAUGAAGUUCAAGUACCUCGAUGACUUUGCGACAAUUGAGCCCGGAGUGGAUAAGCACGUUCGCACCCCCGUGACCAACACCGACUACAACGCGAGCCUGAAGAGUGAGGAGGACUUUGUCGAUGACUUUGCUCGGUUCUUCGCCCAGAUGCCGGAUAAUGCUACCGCUGCGGACUGGGUGCGUUUUGUGGAGACGAACCGCGUGACACUGGGGAAGGAGGAGAAUGAGUUGAAUCCGCACAGCUCGCUCGUGCCUGAUCUUUUCGGGCCUGGUGAGACUCUCUCCGGCGAGCAGAAGCCGGUCAAAUAUGUGGAGGAUGAUCAACCCAGGGGUCUGAAGAGUGAGGAGAUGACCGAGGCCUUGAAGAGACUCAUCAAGACUACGGGAUACACGGUGGAUGAGAUCCGCGGCUUGAAAUCUCGAGCGCUGGUAUCGCACUCGGUCGUCAACCAGACCCGUCUUGGUAAAGUGCGCCGCACCUACUGUCUCUCCAUUGCUGGUAAUGGAAACGGUCUUUUGGGUAUUGGAGAAGCCAAGUCCGAAGAAGCAGCGGAUGCCGUCCUGCAGUCGAAAUACCGUGCCAUCCGAAACAUGCAGCCCAUCCCCCGAUACGAGAACCGGACUAUCUUUGGUGACGUCCAGGGCAAAGUCGGUGCUGUGGAGCUUAAAUUAAUGAGUCGUCCCCCAGGCUUUGGUCUCCGGUGCCAGAGCUUGAUCUUCGAGAUGUGCCGCGCAGCCGGGAUCCACGAUCUGGCGGCUCGCGUCGACCGAUCCAGAAACCCCAUGAACACGGUCAAAGCCGCGUACGAAGCUCUCAUGAGCCAACGCAACCCCGAGGACAUCGCCCGCGCGCGGGGCAAGAAAAUGGUCGAUGUGCGCAAGGUCUACUACUCUGGACGAAUUUAGUCGGUUGCUUUGCUUUGGUCUCCGCAAGCGCAUAGAAUAGACUGUACGAGUAUGGCACAUUGUCUGAUUAGGGUUAUCACACGGCUUUGCUAUGCAUUCAUUACAUUACGGGGUGUAUAUAUUUUCUUUUUAUUCUUUGAUUUAUCUCGGCCAUGUAUUUGUAUUGUCAUCAUCAUCAUCAAAUCAAAUAAUAUCAGACCAAU